AUGAAGCUAUGGGAGAGAGUGAUAGAGAUGAGGCUUAGAAGGGUUACAAAGGUAGCAGAGAACCAAUUCGGUUUUAUGCCAGGUAGGUCGACAAUGGAGGCUAUUCACAUCACCAGAAGCCUUAUGGAGAAGUAUAGGGAAAGACAAAAAGCGCUACACUGUGCCUUCCUAGAUUUGGAAAAGGCAUACGAUAGUAUACCACGACAGCUGAUUUGGAGGACGCUACAAGCGAAAGGGGUUACCGGGAGAUACAUGAGGGUUAUUAAGGAUAUGUACGAUAGGGCGAGGACCGGUGUUCGAACCCCUGUGGGGAACACGGAACUUUUCUCGGUAGAUAUGGGCCUACACCAAGCGAGAUCGACGGAGGAACUAAACCAGAGGCUAGAGAAAUGGAGAGAAGCCCUUGAAGACCAUGGUUUGUGUGUGAGCCGAGAAAAGACAGAAUACCUUAGAUGUGACUUCGAUAACCAGGAUAUAAGACAAAAUGGGGAUGAGGUUAUUAGCAAUGGGGGCCACAUAUUGCGUCCGAAGGAGUCUUUUAGAUACCUGGGAUCAGUGAUACACAAAUCGGGGGGGAUAGACGAAGACGUGACACAUCAAAUCCAAGUCGGAUGGAUGAAGUGGAGAGCAGCUACUAUAGUCAUGUGUGACAAGAGGAUCCCGCUAAAGCUGAAAGGGAAUUUUUAUAGAGUGGCUAUUAGACCGACUAUGCUAUACGGGUCAGAAUGUUGGGGGAUGACAAAAGCCCAAGCGGCUCGAGUAGAGGUGGCUGAGAUGAGGAUGUUAAGGUGGACUUAUGGGAAGACCUUAGCAGACAGGAUCCCGACGGGAGUUUUUAGAGCAGAACUUGAAGUAGGGACCAUCAUUAACAAGCUAAGGGAAGAGCGUUUGAGAUGGUUUGGUCAUGUUAGGAGUAGGGAUGAAACUGCACCACUAAGGAGAGCGGAGUCUAUUCAUGUGGACGGCAUACGAAGAAGGGGACGACCAAAGAUGAUGUGGGAGGAUCGAUUAGCGAAGGAUCUAAUAGAACUUGGCCUGUCGGAGGACAUGACGUCGGAUAAGACGACAUGGAGAACUAGGAUUAGAGUAGAAUAUUAG